CGGUUGGGCCGCGUCCUCGCCAUCGUCAUCGUCAAACCCGAUCUGCCGGACAAGACUGGAUCAACCAGGGCCACACCAGAGCCGAGCAUGGGGAAGCGCAAGCCUCAAGCCAAGGCGAGUCCCAAGCCGGGUACGCCGAAAGAUACUUCUACCGCCAGUGAGCCACGGAGACAAAAAUCUCGGCAUGCUUCCCGGCACGACGAUGACGACGGCAGCUGGGACGAGGGAACGCGGGUGCUGCAACAUCAGCUUGGUGAACUGGGGCUGCUUAUCAAGGAUAUGACCGGCGACGGGAACUGCCUAUUCCGAGCCCUCUCGGACCAGUGGGACGGCACACCAGACUACCACGCCAAGCACCGAAAGGAGGUCUGUGUGCACAUCGAUGAGAAGCGGGAGUACUAUGAGCCCUUUCUUGUCGACGAGUCUCUCGACCAGUAUGUGAAGCGCAUGUGUAAGCACGGCACCUAUGGCGGGAAUCUCGAAAUCGUCGCCUUCAGCCGCCUCCACAAUGUCAAGAUCGCCGUUCACCAAGCUUCCACUCCCAUAUGGAUCGUAAAGCCAGACAUGGAGGGUCAGCCAGCAAAAGGCAGUGCCGCGCCAAUGGUGCAUAUCGUGUAUCAUUCCUGGGAACAUUACAGCAGCGUCCGCAAUGCCGAUGGUCCAUAUGAAGGUCAUCCUCGGAUCGUCCUCAAGCCCACGACAUUGCCGCCCCUCGAGAAACCCGAUCCCAGUGCACCUGCAAACCACAUGGAGCGAACGAUCAUGAGCUCAACUGGAUGUCACGACCUGAAUCGCAUCCGCAAGCUGCUUGUACAAAGCCGGGGUGAUCCUGGACGAGUCAUGAGCAUCCUCUUUGACGAAGCCGAAGCCGAGGCCGAAGCCGAAGCCACGCGUGAGUCGACGAAUGAUACUUUGGACGAGAAUUCGCUGCAAACCGGGACCGAGACUCAAGACUCAGUGCAGACGGCCCCUGCGCUGCCUGAUCCAUCCGACAGUGCAUCUAGUGGACCUGGUGCUGCAGCUUCAAGCGAGCCGGCCGAGUCGGCGGCAUCCACACCCAAGAAGCCCCAGUCGCGGGCCCGGAAGAGAGAGGAGGCCAAAAAAUUGCAAAAGGAAAAAGCCCUGGCCAAGAAGAGGAACAAGACCAAGGGAGACGUUGCGGCCGAGGACAAGUCCGUUGGAACGGCCGGUGCGACCGACGCUGACGAUGUGGACCAAGUACUUGUGGGCCUGAAAGCCGUAUGCAUCUGACCCGCAGGUUCGUGGUCACCGCUGUUGCUUGCUUUGACCGCUUUUCGGUCGCCGCUCCAUGUGAUGGUGCUCGACAAUAUCAUAAUCGGUUCAAGGCACCCGACCGAGACCUUGCGCUUGCCAAGCCCGUUGUGCAUCAAAGCAGCGGCCGCACCGACCAGACCCGAGCACGAUCUAUGGGGCUCGCCCUCCACGUCAGCGGGUCCGGUUCCUGGAGUCCGUGAGACUGAGCGGCGGCAAUCCAGGCGCUGCGCACUGGCUGCGCUGGUCACGAGAGCGCGCCUCCCGCUCGCGGCCUGCCACCGUCGUUGGCAAGCAGCCGCUCUCGCCUCAUCGCCCUGUCCA